AUGGCCACUCCUAAGAGCACACCGGCCAAGACGCGCAAGGAGGCGAAGAAGACGCGGCGCCAGCGCAAGCGCACAUGGAACGUCUACGUCAGCCGCUCACUCCGCUCGAUCAACAGCCAGAUGUCGAUGACCAGCCGGACGAUGAAGAUCGUGAACUCAUUUGUGAACGACCUGUUUGAGCGCAUUGCUGCAGAGGCUGCUACGAUCGUGCGUGUGAACCGGAAGCGGACCCUGGGCGCUCGCGAGUUGCAGACGGCUGUGCGCCUUGUGCUGCCUGCUGACCUCGCGAAGCACGCGAUGGCAGAGGGGACGAAGGCUGUGUCACACGCUUCCAGCUAA